AUGGAAACAGAAACCGACGAUUCAGAAACGUCACUGAACGAUAGUUUUGGCAAUAAAGAUGGUUUAGAGCUUUUGGAAUAUGAACGAGCAACUCUCGCAAAGACACUUCCAGCUAGUGUGCUUUUCGUAGUGGCCAAUGGCCUGGGUCUCGAACGUCUUUUUCUCGAACAUCUUAUUCUCUUCUCCGAUCGACGUCUCCUGGCCCUAGUUCUCAAUACAAAUGAGCAUGACGAGAGCUAUUUUGUCUCAAAGCUCAAAGAGCACAAUGUGGAGUGUGAUCCGAAGGUUAUUAACUCAGAAGUUUCAAUCAAAGACCGACAAUCAAUUUAUCUGGAAGGUGGUGUACAGUUUUGUUCGAGUCGUGUACUUUUGGUGGAUCUGCUGCAAAAUCGAAUUCCUACUGAUCGAAUCGCGGCGAUUUUUGUUUAUAGAGCACAUCAAACCCUCAACGCCUUCCAAGACUCGUUCAUUUUGCGUUUGUACCGCGAAAAGAAGCCAGAUGGAACGGUGAAAGCUUUCACGGAUUUUCCAAAUUCCCUCUCUUCUCUUGGCCAGCUUCAAAGGCUCGUCGAUCGUCUAUACAUUCGCCACGUGGAGCUUAUGCCACGAUUCUCGAGCAUCAUCGAAUCAGAGCUUAAUCGAUAUCAAUUGAAGACUGCAAUUUUCUCGGUAGACGUCCCAACACCUCUCCGUCGAGUCCAUAGAACUAUUAUCGAGUUUAUUAAAGUUUGCGUCCGAGAUUUGAGAACUUGUUCUACUUCUGGAAAACAAACCGAUGAACAGAAUGAAGAAAUGAUUCAUGUUCCAUGGGCAGCGACUCGACUGGAAAAACGGCUUCAUGAUCGACGUGGUCAUAUUUCUGAAAAACAGCAGCGUCUUCUCAAUGAUGUAGCGUCACUUCGCGAAAUUCUUCAACUUUCUGAAAAUAUGGACGUAGCUACUGUGCUGUCAAGGCUUCAAGUUUUGAAAAAUGACAGAACAGUGCUCGAGGAGCACAGCGGAUGGCUGCUGUCACCGUCUUUCAAUCGAAUUAUGGAGGAUUUGCUAACGAUUGCUGGUGUGACAAAUGGCAAAGCUGACUACAAGAAAUUCGCGACUCCUGCGAAAUGGACAGUACUCUCGGAGAUUCUUAGAGAAAUUAAGAUGCUUCCAGUGGAGAAAAAGGAUAGGGGAAACGAUUCACCAUCGGUUCUUGUCAUUACCAGCUCCGAGGAUCUCUCCCGCCAGGUCACCGACGUAGUUCGUUAUGGAAUCAAUAAAAUGAAGUGGAUGACGUGGAGACAAUUGGGAUACAAAAGCACACAGGAAAUGCCUGAAGAUGAGCCUUUAUGGGAUCCUGAUACGAUUUCUCAACUUAUGAGAAGCUCAGUAGAUGGCGAAUCGAAAAGUGAAGUGAUUGCAAAUGUUCAAAAAACUCAAAAAACUACGGCUCGAGCUGCUCAAAAGCGGCGAAAACAUGCGGAAGAGCUCAGCGGAUUCUCCAGUGAUCAUCGUGUUCAGACCAAUUUGAUACAGUUCGGAAUUCUACAGUAUAAGCGUCGAAAAUCUGGAAAUGAGGCUUCUACAUCACAAGAAACCACAGAAUGGGAGGUUAAAGAGGAGAUGGAAGAGAUUGAGGAAAUCACGAAAAAUAUUGGAGAUCUUGAAGCCGAACUGGUGGUGAGCACGACGAGAGAACGCGAACGAUAUACUUUGUUGAAACUUCUGGAAACGAAGAAACCUCGCGCCAUUGUGCUCUACACAAUGUCGCUGCAAACGUUGAGGCAGAUAGAGAUCUACCGUUCCACAAAUCCCAACAGAUCCCUUCAUGUAUACUGGCUUCAAUACACCGAAUCAACCGAAGAAAGUCGAUAUUUGGAGUCGAUUAAUCGGGAAACAAUGUCAUUUGAGUUGCUCAUCAGAGAGCAAGGAACUCUUCUGAUUUCCCGCGAGUUCAACGUAGAUCGAGAAGAUGCUCCGCGACUCAAAAUUUCAACUAGAGAUGGUGGUGGUGCUCGACGAGAUGGAGCAGUAGAUCCCAGAGACCAGAUGGAUCCAGAGGAAGAGUUGGAACGGCCUAAAAUCAUCGUAGACAUGCGAGAAUUCAACAGCGAGUUGCCAACAGUUCUCUACACAAAAGGAUACAAUGUAGUUGCCACUACAAUAGAGAUUGGUGAUUACAUUCUCUCGCCGAACAUUGCAAUUGAAAGGAAAGCGUUGGACGAUUUGACACAGUCUUUGCAGUCUGGAAGAGUUUUCAAACAAAUUGAACAGAUGCUCGAACACUACGAUUGCACAGUCCUUUUGAUCGAAUCGAAUCGGAAAUUCGAGACAAAAAUCGUGAACGGCGGACCAUUCCAGGGAGAGCUCAGCAGGCACUGUAGAGAGAUUCGAUCAAUUUUUUGCUCUUUAAUUUGGGCAAAUCCCAAAAUGAGAUGUGUUUGGACGAUUUCUCCGACAAAUUCUGCAGAGUUUUUCUCUGAGCUUAAGCUAAGCGCUCCAGAACCAGACGUCGAUCGAGCCAUAUCCCUGAAAGCUGAUCAAGUUGAAUGCUCAAGCCAAGAGCUCACAGAUUCUGAAGCAUCCACCUCCACAAAGGCGAAAAAGGGAAAGAAAUGGAAACCGAAUCCCACUGUCAUCCGGACUUUGACUCAAAUUUUUGGAAUUAAAGCCUCAGAAGCUCAUAAUUUGCUAGCUAACUCUUCGAUCAAAACCCUCGCUGAUCUCUUCUCAUUGAACAUCACCGCAUCUCAUCUCUCCGAUUUCAUUCCAUCCACCUCUGCCGAUUUCAUCAAAGAUCUGUCAACAUUCAAUUUCGGAAGAAAAUAACACCGGUCAUCACUAGACACAUCAAAUAAUAUUUACUCAUACUGCAUUCUGUUUUAUAAAUUUCAUUCUUCAAUUGAUUUUUCCAUUUUUU